AUGCUCUCAUUUCACCACCUAUUUGUUAAGUUGUUAUUUGCCUUUAUCAUUUCCCCAUUCUUUGUCAAUGGUGCUCCUACUAACGAUGUAAAACAGUUUACAUUAGAUACAAAUAAGGUUUAUCCACCAGAUCCACCAUCUUCUGUGCAUGUUGUAAUGGCUUUCAAAUAUUUCGACGAAGUCUUACAAAGAGAACGUGUGGUAGAUUUCACCAUAGCUCUAUUCAAUACAUUGACUCCAAAGGCCACAAAAAAUUUCCAAAUGAUGUCUAAUGGUUUCAAAGUCAUCACUAAUCCAAAAGAACCAGAGAAGAUUCUUUUCGUCACCUACAAGGAUACCCCUGUCUAUAAACUUAUCCCAGGUGUUCAAGUUGAAGCAGGUGUAAUCUUCUCUGAAUUUCCAUUCUGUUUAUAUGGUCAAAAAUUCGAAGAUGAAAGUUUUGCUUUGAAACAUGAUAGACCAGGUAGAGUCAGUUUAGUUUCUACAGGUCCUGAUACAAACGAAUCUAAAUUCAUCAUCGGUUUGGAUGCCAACGGUGCUCCAGAAAAAAAUGGCAAAAAUGUUAUCUUUGGUCAAGUUGUCUCUGGAUUGGAAGAUCUAAUCAAUGCAAUGAACCAUGUCAAGAUCGACGCUAAUAAGAAAAAUGCCCCAGAAAAACCAAUGGUUAUCAACUAUUCUGUUGUCGAUGAAUUAAAAAUUGCCAAUAUUGAUGAAAUGGCUAGAGAGUGGGAGGCUAAUGUCAAAGCAUUUGAACAAGGUGAUCACUCAAAGGGUUUCAGAUUUAAAAGCAAAAAAAUUAAGAAUAAGCAGUCAAAUAACAAAAACACAAAAGGUUCUAAAUAUGAUCAAAUGAAUCACACUGUUGCAAAAAUUUUCAUCUUGUUUGUUUUACUUACCUUUUUCUAUGUGUUAAUGAGAUAUAAAAACAAGAUUAUAUCUUAUUUACCACUAAAUAAGCAUGAAACAUCUAUUAGAAGUGACUAA